UGCCUGGGAAGGGAGCCCGUUCUGAAAGAGAUGCUGGCCAGACGACUUGUCAGUCUUGCCUUUGAAACAUCCAGAAGAAAUCCUGUCUGCUCUGUUGGUAGCCCUCUGCUGAAUUGCGUCAGGCAACACAGGUCUCGUCCUACCCAUGGCAUCGGCCGGUUCAGACAUCUCUUACCGGAGGUCUCCAAGAAGAGGCGGGACAGGCUGCAGAUGAAGGAGAUCGACCCCGGGACGGAGCACACGUACGGCUCCCUGAACAUCGUGAUGACCUCGUACGACAUGCCCGCGGUGGAGCACUACGCCCGGUACAUCCACCGCCUCUGCAACCGGCUGUCCAUCAAGGUGGAGGAAAGCUACGCCAUGCCCACCAAAACCAUGGAGGUGAUGCUGAUGCAGGAGAAGGGAACCAAGAUGUACGUGGACGCCGUCCUUACGUCCCACCAGCGGGUCGUUCAGGUCAGCGGCUUGAGCGCCACGUUUGCGCCGAUUCUCUUGGAAAUAAUCCAGAGCAGCCAGCCCGAAGGCCUCCAUCUGUUGGUGAAAGAGCAUACCGAGGCUGACUUCAAGGUUCGACUGAAAGCGCGUCCGGAACUCGAAGAGCUCCUCUCCCAGAUGCGCUGAGGCCGUCGCUUCCCGCUGCAAACGUCAACUCUGAACUCUCUGUCCAGCUCCUGCAGGCUCCUUCCACAGCCACUCUGGGAAAACGAACCUGCGUGCAAACUGUGUUCGCCAGAGAAGUUCCCCGUACUGUGAGGAGUCUUGUUUUAACAGUAACGAAUUCAGCAUUCUGCUGCAAAAUACAGUCACGUGAGCCUGUGCCCGAGAGAGAGGGUGCUGCUUGCGUAGAUGGGCGUUGCCAGCUAACACAUCUCUCCCAAGUAUUGGCCUCUCUCGACAACCUGAUUUUUAAAAGAAAUAAAAACGGCAUCGUUUAAGUCUGUUAAUUUAGUUG